AAGGCUCAUCCAACACCAAACAGACAUAUCCCGUUAUUCCAAAGUCUCUUACCCUUUCCCCUUAGCCGCCUCCUUCCCCACUACACAACUCAUCUCAACUCUCCUCUUCAUCCUUCAAUUGUGAUCAUCAAUACCACCACCUUCUCUCUCACGUCAAUCUUUUCUUUUAAUUUUCUUCAUUCAUUCUCUUACUUUAUAAAUAUAUAUAUACAACAACCCCUCUCUCUCUCUCUCUCUCUCUCUCUCUCUCUAGUGUCUACUCUUCUUCUUCUUAUUGAUAUUAAGAUGGGAGAUGAUAGAGUCAACCUCCCUCCUGGCUUCCGGUUCUGCCCAACUGAUGAAGAACUCGUCGUGCACUUCCUCCAUCGUAAGGCAUCACUCUUACCUUGCCAUCCGGACCUCAUCCCCGAUCUCGAUCUCUAUCCAUACGAUCCAUGGGAACUUAAUGAUAAGGCAUUGCGAGGAGAAAACCAGUGGUAUUACUUCAGCCGAAGAACUCCGAAUCGGGUUUCAACUAAUGGGUAUUGGAAAACAAUGGAUUUAGAUGAACCUAUAGUCUCAAAUAGUAGCAAGAAACUGGGCAUGAAGAAGUAUCUUGUGUUCUACAUCGGCCAAGCUCCGGCCGGCAUCAAAACCAAUUGGAUAAUGCAAGAGUAUCGCCUUUCGGAUUCCGGUUCUAGCAGUAAAUCUUCCAGAAGUAGAGGAACUCAUACAAAAAUUCAGGAUUCAAGCAACUGGGUCCUUUGUCGAGUCUAUGAGAGGAAUAGUGAUUCUCAAGGUGGAUUUGCUGAUGAAGAUGAUGGAACGGAGCUUUCAUGUUUAGAUGAAGUUUUCUUGUCAUUAGAUGACCUUGAUGAAAUUAGUUUGCCUAAUUAGAUCCUAAAACUAUGAUUUAAUUAGUCAAUUUAAGAUGUGGACUAGCUUUUAUGUCCUUUAAUGAAGGGCUUAAUCCAAUUGUAACAUUUCAUUAAUGUUCCUAUUAGUAUGAUCAGAGCCUUAAACAUUUUCCAACAAAGUUUGAUAGCUCACUUGUUU